AUGGCGAGAAGAAUGGUGGCAACAUCGUCGUGGUUGCUGCUGCUUAUCGGCCUCGCCUUGGCUGCCGGGGUCCUUCAGGCUCGUGCACAGCCAGACAGCAUUGGUUUCAUCAGCAUAGACUGCGGCCUGCCGGGGACGGCGAACUCCGUGGACGACGCCACCAAGCUGUCGUACGCCCCGGACGCCGCCUUCACCGACGCCGGCUCGAACCACAACAUCUCGGUGGAGUUCAUCAAUCCGACGCUCGCGACGCGCCACCUCACCGCGCGUAGCUUCCCCGACGGCGGCGGCGCGCGCAGCUGCUACACGCUCCGGCUCCCCGUGGCAGGCGGGCUCAAGUACCUCCUCCGAGCCGAGUUCUUGUACGGCAACUACGACGGCCUCAACAGACCCCCCAUCUUCGACCUCUACGCCGGCGUCAACUUCUGGUCCAGGGUGAACGUCUCGAGCCCGGACGAGUUGGUGAGGCGGGAGGCCAUCCUCGUCGCCCCCGACGACUUCGUGCAGGUUUGCCUGGUGAACACCGGCUCAGGAACGCCGUUCAUCUCCGCGCUGGAGCUGAGGCCACUCAAGAACUCGCUCUACCCGCAAGCCAACGCGACGCAGGGCCUGGUCCUCCUUGGCAGGGUCAACUUCGGGGCCGAUGAGAUUGUCAGGUACCCUGAUGAUCCACGGGACAGAGUAUGGCCCCCUCGGGUGAACAGCGCCGCCUGGGACGUGAUAUCGACGACGAGGAAGGUGCAAAACUUAAAAGACGACAAAUUCGAGGUGCCGUCCAUGGUGAUGCAGACAGCGAUCGUUCCGCGUAACGGAUCCAACACCAACAGCAUCUGGUUCUUCUGGGACUCUGUGCCGCAGCCCAACGAUCGGACGCCGGGGUACAUGGCCAUCAUGCACUUCUCCGAGCUGCAGCUCCUGUCCAGCAACGCCGCCCUGCGCGAGUUCAUCGUCAGCAUCAACGACGACGUGUGGUCGUCGCCGCGCGGCUUCAGGCCAGACUACCUAUUCUCUGACGCCAUCUACAGCACUGCUCCCUUGCAGCGCUCCCCUCGGUACAACGUCUCCAUUGACAGCACGGCCAACUCGACGCUGCCGCCUUUCAUCAACGCCGCCGAGGUUUUCUCCGUAAUCUCCACCACCAGCGCCGUUACGGAUUCCUCCGACGUAUCUGCCAUCAUGGACAUCAAGGCGAAUUAUCGGCUCAAGAAGAACUGGGCCGGUGACCCGUGUAGUCCUAAGACUUACGCGUGGGACGGGUUGACUUGCAGUGAUGCCGUACCACCUGAUCGUCCGAGAAUCACCAGCGUCAAUAUAUCCUACAGUGGCCUGGACGGCGAUAUAUCGUCUUCUUUUGCAAAUCUCAAGGCCGUCAAAAAUUUGGAUCUAUCACAUAACAACUUGACCGGCUCAAUUCCUGAUUCCCUUUCACAAUUACCUUCACUAACAGUUCUAGAUUUGACAGGCAACCAGCUGAGUGGGUCGAUCCCCCCCGGACUUAUCAAAAGAAUUCAAGAUGGAUCCCUAACUCUAAGACAUGACAACAAUCCAAACCUUUGCACUAACGACACCAGUUCAUGUCAACCGGCAAAGGCAGGGAAGAGCAAGCUUGCCGUCUACAUUGCCGUCCCUGUAGUUCUGGUUGUGGUGAUAGUAUCAGUGGUAGCACUACUAUACUAUCUCGUGCCGAGACGCAAAGAACAAGGACCGACGACCAACACUGUGAUGCCUCAAAACGAGACGCCGAUGGGCCAUGCACCAGCGCCACUGCCACCAGGCGACGACGCGUACGCGCAGGCGCAGAGCUCGCUGCGGCUUGAGAACCGCCGGUUCACGUACAAGGAGCUGGAGAUGAUCACGAACAACUUCCAGCGCGUGCUUGGCCAAGGAGGCUUUGGCAAAGUCUACAAUGGCUUCUUGGAGGAUGGCACUCAAGUGGCAGUCAAGCUGCGUUCUGAGUCUUCCAACCAGGGUGCCAGGGAGUUCCUCUUAGAGGCCGAGAUCUUAACACGGAUCCAUCAUAGGAAUCUCGUUUCCAUGAUUGGUUACUGCAAGGAUGGGCAGUACAUGGCACUUGUCUAUGAGUACAUGUCAGAAGGCACCCUACACGAGCAGAUUGCAGGAAAUGGUCGAAAUGGAAGAUGCAUAACCUGGUGGCAGAGGCUCCGAAUUGCACUGGACUCAGCUCAAGGGUUGGAAUAUCUGCAUAAGGGUUGCAACCCACCUCUCAUUCAUAGGGAUGUGAAGGCGACUAACAUUCUAUUGAACACGAAAUUGGAGGCCAAGAUUGCUGAUUUCGGCUUCUCCAAGGCUUUCAAUCUUGGCAACGAAGCUCAGAUAGCCACAAAUACUCUCGUCGGUACACCCGGAUACGUCGAUCCAGAGUAUCAGGCAACUAUGCAGCCGACAACCAAGAGCGAUGUUUACAGCUUUGGUGUCGUUGUGCUAGAGCUGGUCACAGGGAGGCAGGCCAUCCUAUCUGACCCAGAGCCCACUAGCAUCAUCCAAUGGGUGCGGCGCCGCUUGGCACGGGGCAACGUUGAGGACGUCGUCGAUGUACGAAUGCACGGCGAGUUCGACGUCAACAGCGUGUGGAAGGCCGCGGACAUCGCGCUCAAGUGCACUGUGCAGGUGUCGGCGCAACGACCUACAAUGGCCGACGUGGUGGCGCAGUUGCAGGAAUGCCUCGAGCUUGAAGAGAGGCGCCGCACCGGAGGUGGCGGUACAAGGGGCGGCAAUUUCUACGGCGGCGGCAGCAGCGACCCUAGCUUUGGUUACGACGCGUACGUGGCUGAUAGCCAGUCGACUGACGUGAGCCAGAUCAGCGUUGCAUUUGAGAUGGAGCAUAAUUUUGGAAAGGUGCCAAGAAUGGGCGGAGGCCCCAUUGCACGAUAAGGCUGUUGUUCCUUACGAUGACGUCAUGUCAUCGAAGAAGGUUUGGAUCAGAUGUUAUAAGCGUAGGUUAAGAUAUUGUAAUCGUUGGUGAAAAAAGAGUGCAUGGAGUUAUGUUUUUUCUGUGAGACUUUGGAAUCAUGAUUGUAGCUAAGUGCGUCCCCUAAGCCUUAUAUUUAGAACAUUUAGUUUCUUCUA